AUGUCCCCCAUACCGAGUAUCUGGGUUGCGCUUACUCCGAGAGUCCUGGCUGAUAACCGCCCUGGGAUGAUCGAACUUCCAUCCAGCAUAAAGCAUAAGGAUAUCUGGGCCUAUCUGGCUCUUACUUCGGUCAUUCUGGUCAUAACCCUUCUCCUGGCAUACCUAGUAUACAGCUGCUAUGCUGUCAGCAACCGAACACCCAUCGCCUCCGCAACGCCAGCUGAUCACAAACCCCGCAAAGAGCGAAAGAAGCCAAAUCGUUGUAGGUCUGAUAGUCAGCGCAUGAUGAUGAUGUCGAACGCAUCACAAGUUUCAGUCAACGAACCAACAUUCGAACACGAUCAGUACUCUGUCAGCAUACCGCCACUUGCAGUGACCACGACGUCCCCGCUCAACUACGGGCGGCCCGUUGACAAGCCAGUAGAUCAUUCAUCCCACAGUUACGAAACGCCCCGCGGUUUGGACUCGCACAAUAUUCGCUACAUCCCACCUAUCACGUCCUGCAGUCCGCCUGCCGUUGUUAUGAUAUGGAACGACCCCAAGCUCUCUCCAAUACACGGAUCGAUCGUAAUGUCCCCUUUCGAUGAUGGUUCUGACAACACGACGAUCCUUGGUGCAGUCCCAGCCUGCAGGAGGUCGUCAUGCUAA